AUGGCUCCGAAGUUGACUCUGAAGAUGAGCCGGGGUGUGCGUGGGGCAACCAGCGUGUCAGAGCCGACAAACACCAAUGAUCAUUCCAUCCUUGCGCCACCAGACAGCGAUCGAACUCGAGCCCAGCGAGCCCGAUCGGGGGCUGGAGAACCCAUCCGAACCGCCGCAGGGGACACGGGAAGAACAAGAACACCUGAACUCGAAGAAGAUGUAACAGAAGAGCACAGUCGCCCAGCGUCCACUUUCAUCACUCUACGCAUCCCGCCUGAAAGAUUGCACCAGACCGAUCGAUCCAUUCCGUCCACGGGUUCGUUCAUCACUCGGAAGGUUUCAAAACGGAGUCGACGAGCUGCGGUACAAAAUCCGUCAAGUCCUUCGGGAGUCUCGCAUCCUUCACCACAUUCUUUGCUAUCCGACACAGCGUCGACUUUCGCCGGGACAGAAGUCGAUUACGCCCAGGAAACUCCUGCUACGGUUGAGUCACCACCACAGCUAUAUCCGAACGACGAUUAUAGUCAAAGUGGCUUAACAGAGAGUGACAUUCUCCAGCACCGGGCUCGUUCUGGCCCCUUUAAUCAGAUCGGCCUGUCACAUACCACAACCACCACUGAUCAUAGGCCAGCCACGCCUACAGAAGUGUUUGAUUCUGGUCAGAUCGAUCCUACCAUCGACCCGGCACUGUAUCAACUGCACGCCGAGUCCCAGACGAUGGCUCCAGUCAAGGAUACCACCAACGUCCACAACACGAUCAAAGACAUUAUUCAAGAUCUAACGGAGAUACAAAUCCAAACUCAUGGCUAUGUCCCUGAGACCCAAGAUCUUCUGGUCGAGAAGAUGACCGACCUGGCCGAAUCCUUGUCCCGUUUACAGAAUCUGACCUCUGCUACAGCAUCGCCGAAUAGCUACAUCCAUCAAGUGCAAAUUGCGCCGGAGAUUGUUGAUUACGUCGAUGAUGGGCGCAACCCGGAUAUCUUCACCCGAGACUUUGUUGAAAAUGUGCAACGCGGCAAUGCUGUGAUCAAUGGCAAACAACAGGCCUUCAAGGAUUUUAGUGAGAUCUAUGCAAAGGCUUUGAAAGAGGGCAUUCCCGGUCUGGGGCGGCAGGUGGAUCAAGUUCUGGAGAAUGCUGGAUUCGAGAUCGAUCACAAGCAGGAGGGUGAAGACGAGGUAGUGGAUCACUCGAAUCCAAAUGGCCCUCAGAUGUCUGAUGGUGUUUGA